AUGAUUAUGCCUGAAGAUUAUGCUAGCCCUAUGAAAAGGUUAUCUCAAAUGAUUAAUGAAAAGGAAUUAUCUCAAAAAUCUUCAAAUGAAAAGAAAGGCAUUAAAGAAGAAGAAUAUCGUCUGAAACAAAAUAAAGAAGAAAUUAAAAGAAAUUGUCUUUCUUUAAGUUCAACUCUUGACGUUGGAAUUGAAAAAAUAAAAAUUUGGAGGAUAACUAAACCAAUAAUUAUUUGGGAAACUCUUCCACAAAAAUCUCAAACAGUUAUUGUUCAAGAAGACUUUGUUAUUGUUUAUAAUGAAAACAAAGGUCUUAUUCGAGCAAAUGAUGAAGAAGUUGUUUUUAAUAUUUGUAAUUGCAAUGUUAAUGAUUUAAAUGUGACUGAUUCUGGUUCAAUCCUUGUAGCUACUGAUGAAGAACUAUUUCUUAUUAAUAAAGGAGAAGUUGAUAAAGUUAUUAGAUCAUUUACUUCUGCAUGUGAAUUUAAUAAACAAAUCGUAACUGCACUAAAUAGAGAUUGA